AUGUCGACUGUGCCGAUGACUGAUAUCGAAGCUGGCCAGGCCAGCAGCAGCUACCCUGCGGCAACCCAACCCCCCGAGUUGAACCAGACAUAUCGAUCUACGUUCUUUAACCGGUUGUUGGGCUCGUGGCUCUUGAUGCAGCCUUCUACUACUUCGACGUCGGAAGCCCCAGAUGACGCAAACGCCUCGAGCAGCUUUUUCUACCGCAAUCAACCCGAGAGGUAUGCCGAAGGCUGGCCACGCCUGGCGGCAGAACAGGAGGCGUACGCAAACACUGCGAUACACCGCAGGUUUGGCUAUUUGCUGCAACGCGUCAUUGUAGACUGCACAACCAAAUUGACAGAUUUAGAAGGAACUCUCUACGAACUGGAACAGCGAUGGUUAGAAGGGGGGAUGCAAGCCCCUGAACGGCAGGGUUUGCCAGACACAACAGAAGACAGCCAACUGUCCUACGAGAUAGCCGGAACCUUGCAGAAGAUAUCCUCAUUGCUUCCCUCCUACUACCGUUUCCUCGAGUGUCAAAAAUUCCUCGGCUCUCUCGACGAAGUGCACCGCCCGGAGUUCCGCAACAUAUACCAGAAGAUCCAGAGCGACGGAUAUCUAAAUGAACAAGAGAUGGCGUACCUACAUUACCCAGAGGACUUCAUAAGCACUUCUUCGGAUCCGCUGUGGCGGAUCGCAGAAGGAUGGCUGUUCAAGCUACCCAUGUGCUUGUUAGUGUUUCUGUUCGAGGAUCCGAGCACCAAGAAAGAGGAAAACGUGACUUUUCUCUCUAGUCAACGUAUCCGUAUCGUCGCCAAAUCGAUCCUCAUAUGCAUCUACGCCCUCCUCUUACUCUCGCCAGUGUCGCUGCUUUACUUCUUCCCAGCAAUGGGCAAAAAGACCGUCAUAUGCGUCGUGUUCGGGUCUACCGUCGCGUUUGCCUCGGUCAUGGCUGCCCAUCCAGGUAUCAAGAUGGAGUCCGUACUAGUCGCUAGCUGUGCCUACGCAGCCAUACUCGCCACGUUGUUGGAGAACCUGCAAUAA